AUGGUUCGACAGACCUAUGAAGAUACCCAGGCCGAAGUAAUGAAGAUGCAGGCUGAAAAUAUGAAACUAAAAAAUGAUGUUGAAAGAGUUACCACCGAUAUGCGCAGUGUAGAAGAGGCCAAAGCUCAGAGUGUCCACUUGCAGAACGGAACCAAGGAUGGUCAACGAAAAAUGGUCAGUCUAACCAGGUGUUAUGAGACCUUGCAAGGACAAGCCUCCAAACACAGCGCCAAAUUGAAUGAAGCCACAGACAGCGUAACUAAUCUUCGUAGGGAGCUGCAGCUGAAACGAUCUGAAGCAGGCCGGCUGGCGGAGACUGCGAAUGUGAUCCGGUCUCAGCUGGAGCUGGGGUACGAGAGUGCGCUGAAACAGGCAAUCGAUGCGGCCUCUGCGCGUCUAUGUGCACUGCUGCAGGACCAAAUCCCAAACGGUUCUCAGAAGCCGGUGGUUCCGACGCUUUCGAUCUGGCACGCUGACGCAAUCACAAAAAAGAAAACAGCUUUAGAGUUGGAUCUUUUGGUCCUGGGAGUCAAUGUGCAGCGCGAAAAGUUCCAACUCGGUGCCUCGACCUUCUAG